GUAAAAUUAUUCAUUACUAUCCGUUUUAAUUUAUCAUUGGUUGUUAGGCUUUUGGACAUGUAACUGUAAUCAGUGGCAUUUUGAAACUUGUAAUUGAGUUUCAGAAUCUUUCUUUUCUCUUUAUGGAAAAAGAAUUUCUUAAGGGAUGCUCACAGGCCUUUGAAACCACACAAACUUUUUUUUUUUAAUGUUCCUCUUAAGUGCACUUUUAAUACAUUUAUCAAACAGAUAACUCGAUCACCCAAACCAUACUGUAAGUCAGGCUACAAAAAUGGAUAAAAUGCUUUUCCUAUGCCCAGGGGAGCAUGCAAUUCUAGAGUUAAAACUUAACAUUUUUGUUGUUUUGAAGUUUCAAAGUGAUUUCAUCUACAUUUUACUGUCACAGCAUUCCAAGAGAGAUAUGUACACUUCACUGUUUUCAUUUUAGAAAUGAAGAAACAGAUCUGAGAGGUUGUGACUCAAGCAACAUCAAACAGAUAACUAGAGAUGGAAGACCUGAGUUCAGGUCCUGUUGCUCCUCCCACCCACCUGGCCACAAUACCUUUCUUGCCAAACUUCCAAAAUACAUUUUAAAAUAUAUUUUUUGGAUAAGAAAAUAUUUGGAAAUUAUCUCUAAGUUGAAUCUUUUUUCCCUUUAUUAAAGUAAAUUAAUGAUUCAAGGAGUUUUAGAUACUGUAUGGUCUAACUAUACACCCCCCCCCCAGUGAUCCACAUUUUUUCUGUCAUUUUUUAGUGGAUUAUUUAUAAAAGCAAUUUUGACCUCCUGCCAAAUGGUUGAAGCCUUUUUUUUUUUUUUUUUAAUCUUUCUGAGGUUGAAUGUGGCAUUUUUUUUUUCGAUGCUGUUAGGACUUUUAGGGAAAAAAAAAUGUCUUUCUUUGAAUUUUUGUGAUGGGGAGUUUUCCAGACUCUGCUCACAUAAACCAUUCUUGGUUUGUUCUAGCUUGUCAACCCUUGGUGUCACAUGUGAGCCUUCCACAUGUGUUCAUUUUCCAUUCCAGCUCUGUGAUUGAACUCUGUUCUUAUUCACUAGGGGGCACAUUGGGGAGGCAUGCUUCAUUCCUGGAAUUGACAGUCAUUCCAUAAGAAGUUGGAUUCCAUGGGUUCCAAGAGAAGAAGAGCUACCUCCCCUUCCAGUAGUGUCAGCGGGGACUUUGAUGACGGGCACCAUUCUGUGUCCACACCAGGCCCAAGCAGGAAAAGAAGGAGACUUUCCAAUCUUCCGACUGUAGACCCUAUUGCUGUGUGCCAUGAACUCUACAACACCAUCCGAGACUAUAAGGAUGAGCAGGGCAGGCUCCUCUGUGAGCUCUUCAUUAGGGCACCAAAGCGAAGAAAUCAACCAGACUAUUAUGAAGUGGUUUCUCAGCCCAUUGACUUGAUGAAAAUCCAACAGAAACUAAAAAUGGAAGAGUAUGAUGAUGUUAAUCUGCUGACUGCUGACUUCCAGCUGCUUUUUAACAAUGCAAAAGCCUAUUAUAAGCCAGAUUCUCCUGAAUAUAAAGCUGCUUGCAAACUCUGGGAUUUGUACCUUCGAACGAGAAAUGAGUUUGUUCAGAAAGGAGAAGCAGAUGACGAAGAUGAUGAUGAAGACGGGCAAGACAAUCAGGGCACAGUGACUGAAGGAUCAUCUCCAAGUUACUUGAAGGAGAUCCUGGAGCAGCUUCUGGAAGCCAUAGUUGUAGCCACAAAUCCAUCAGGACGUCUCAUUAGUGAACUUUUUCAGAAACUGCCUUCUAAAGUGCAAUAUCCAGACUAUUAUGCAAUAAUUAAGGAGCCUAUAGAUCUCAAGACCAUUGCCCAGAGGAUACAGAAUGGAAGCUACAAGAGUAUUCAUGCAAUGGCCAAAGAUAUAGAUCUCCUAGCAAAAAAUGCCAAAACUUACAAUGAGCCUGGUUCUCAAGUAUUCAAGGAUGCAAAUUCUAUUAAAAAAAUAUUUUAUAUGAAAAAGGCAGAAAUUGAACAUCAUGAAAUGGCUAAGUCAAGCCUCCGAUUGAGGACUCCAUCAAAUUUGGCUGCAGCCAGGCUCUCAGGUCCUUCGCACAGUAAAGGCAGCCUUGGUGAAGACAGAAAUCCCACUAGCAAGUAUUACCGUAAUAAAAGAGCAGUCCAAGGGGGUCGUUUAUCAGCAAUUACCAUGGCACUUCAGUAUGGCUCAGAAAGUGAAGAGGAUGCUACUUUAGCUGCUGCACGUUAUGAAGAAGGAGAGUCGGAAGCAGAGAGCAUUACUUCAUUUAUGGAUGUUUCAAAUCCUUUUUAUCAGCUUUAUGACACAGUUAGGAGCUGUCGGAAUAACCAAGGGCAGCUAAUAGCUGAACCUUUUUUCCAUUUGCCUUCAAAGAAAAAAUACCCUGAUUAUUAUCAGCAAAUUAAAAUGCCCAUAUCACUACAACAAAUCAGAACAAAGUUAAAGAACCAAGAAUAUGAAACUUUAGAUCAUUUGGAGUGUGAUUUGAAUUUAAUGUUUGAAAAUGCCAAACGCUAUAAUGUCCCCAAUUCAGCCAUCUACAAGCGAGUUCUAAAAUUGCAGCAAGUCAUGCAGGCAAAGAAGAAGGAGCUUGCCAGGAGAGACGACAUUGAGGAUGGAGACAGCAUGAUUUCGUCAGCUACCUCUGAUACUGGUAGUGCCAAAAGAAAAAGGAACACUCUUGACAGUGAGAUGUUGGGUCUCAGGAGGCUAUCCAGUAAAAAGAACAUAAGAAAGCAGCGAAUGAAAAUCUUAUUCAAUGUUGUUCUUGAAGCUCGUGAGCCAGGUUCAGGCAGAAGACUUUGUGAUCUGUUUAUGGUUAAACCAUCCAAAAAGGACUAUCCUGAUUAUUAUAAAAUCAUCUUGGAGCCAAUGGACUUGAAAAUAAUUGAACAUAACAUCCGCAAUGACAAAUAUGCAGGGGAAGAGGGGAUGAUAGAAGACAUGAAGCUGAUGUUCCGAAACGCCAGGCACUACAACGAGGAAGGCUCCCAGGUGUACAAUGAUGCGCACAUCCUGGAGAAGUUACUCAAGGAUAAAAGGAAAGAGCUGGGCCCACUGCCUGAUGAUGAUGACAUGGCUUCUCCCAAACUCAAGCUGAGUAGGAAGAGUGGUAUUUCUCCUAAAAAAUCAAAAUACAUGACUCCAAUGCAGCAGAAACUAAAUGAAGUCUACGAAGCUGUAAAGAAUUAUACUGAUAAGAGGGGUCGCCGCCUCAGUGCCAUAUUUCUGAGGCUUCCCUCCAGAUCCGAGCUGCCUGACUACUAUUUGACCAUUAAAAAGCCAAUGGACAUGGAAAAAAUUCGAAGUCACAUGAUGGCCAACAAAUACCAAGAUAUAGACUCCAUGGUUGAAGAUUUCGUCAUGAUGUUUAACAAUGCCUGUACAUACAAUGAGCCUGAGUCUUUGAUCUACAAAGAUGCCCUUGUCCUACACAAAGUCCUGCUUGAAACUCGGAGAGACCUAGAGGGAGAUGAGGACUCUCAUGUCCCAAAUGUGACCUUGCUGAUUCAAGAACUUAUCCACAAUCUUUUUGUGUCUGUCAUGAGUCAUCAGGACGAUGAGGGAAGAUGCUACAGUGAUUCCUUAGCAGAAAUUCCUGCUGUGGACCCCAACGUUCCAAACAAACCUCCUCUUACUUUUGACAUAAUUAGGAAGAAUGUUGAAAAUAAUCGCUACCGGCGGCUUGAUUUAUUUCAAGAGCAUAUGUUUGAAGUAUUGGAAAGGGCAAGAAGGAUGAAUCGGACAGAUUCUGAAAUAUAUGAGGAUGCGGUAGAACUUCAGCAGUUUUUUAUUAAAAUUCGUGAUGAACUCUGCAAAAAUGGAGAGAUCCUUCUUUCACCAGCACUCAGCUAUACGACAAAACAUUUGCAUAAUGAUGUGGAGAAAGAGAAAAAGGAAAAACUCCCGAAAGAAAUAGAGGAAGAUAAACUAAAACGAGAAGAAGAAAAAAGAGAAGCUGAAAAAAGUGAAGAUUCCUCGGGAGCUGCAGGCCUCUCAGGCUUACAUCGCACAUACAGCCAGGAUUGCAGCUUUAAGAACAGCAUGUACCACGUGGGAGAUUAUGUCUAUGUGGAGCCCGCAGAGUCCAAUCUACAACCACAUAUAGUCUGUAUUGAGAGACUGUGGGAAGAUUCUGCUGGUGAAAAAUGGCUGUAUGGCUGUUGGUUUUAUCGGCCAAAUGAAACAUUCCAUCUGGCUACACGAAAAUUUCUAGAAAAAGAAGUUUUUAAGAGUGACUAUUACAAUAAAGUUCCUGUUAGUAAAAUUCUAGGAAAAUGUGUAGUCAUGUUUGUCAAGGAAUACUUUAAAUUAUGCCCAGAAAACUUCCGAGAUGAAGAUGUUUUUGUCUGUGAAUCACGGUAUUCUGCCAAAACAAAAUCUUUUAAGAAAAUUAAACUGUGGACCAUGCCCGUCAGCUCAGUUAGGUUUGUCCCUCGGGAAGUGCCCUUGCCUGUGGUCCGAGUGGCCUCUGUAUUUGCAAAUGCAGAUAAAGGGGAUGAUGAGAAGAACACAGACAACUCCGAGGACAGUCGACCUGAAGACAGUUUUAACUUGGAAAAGUUUCCUUUGCCACAGGAGAAAGAAGACGUCCCUGUGGAAAUGUCAAAUGGUGAACCAGGUUGCCACUACUUUGAGCAGCUCCGUUAUAAUGACAUGUGGCUGAAGGUUGGUGACUGUGUCUUCAUCAAAUCCCAUGGCCUGGUGCGGCCUCGUGUAGGCAGAAUUGAGAAGGUAUGGGUCCGAGAUGGAGCUGCAUAUUUUUACGGCCCCAUCUUUAUUCACCCAGAAGAGACGGAACAUGAGCCCACAAAAAUGUUCUACAAGAAAGAAGUGUUUCUGAGUAAUCUGGAAGAAACCUGCCCCAUGACAUGUAUUCUGGGAAAGUGUGCUGUAUUGUCAUUCAAGGACUUCCUCUCCUGCAGGCCAACUGAAAUACCAGAAAAUGACAUUCUGCUUUGUGAAAGCCGCUACAAUGAGAGUGACAAGCAGAUGAAGAAGUUCAAGGGACUGAAGAGGUUUUCACUCUCUGCUAAAGUGGUAGAUGAUGAAAUUUAUUACUUCAGAAAACCGAUUGUUCCUCAGAAGGAGCCCUCACCUUUGUUGGAAAAGAAGAUCCAGUUGCUAGAAGCUAAAUUUGCUGAGUUAGAAGGUGGAGAUGAUGAUAUCGAGGAGAUGGGAGAAGAGGAUAGUGAGGUCAUUGAGCCUCCUUCUCUACCUCAGCUCCAGACUCCCCUAGCCAGUGAGCUGGACCUCAUGCCCUACACACCCCCACAGUCUACCCCAAAGUCUGCCAAAGGCAGUGCAAAGAAGGAAGGCUCCAAAAGGAAAAUCAACAUGAGUGGCUACAUCCUGUUCAGCAGUGAGAUGAGAGCUGUGAUUAAGGCCCAGCACCCAGACUACUCUUUUGGGGAGCUCAGCCGACUGGUGGGGACAGAAUGGAGAAACCUUGAGACAGCCAAGAAAGCAGAAUAUGAAGAGCGGGCAGCUAAAGUUGCUGAGCAGCAGGAGAGAGAGCGAGCAGCACAGCAACAGCAGCCGAGUGCUUCUCCCCGAGCAGGCACCCCUGUGGGGGCUCUCAUGGGGGUGGUGCCACCACCAACACCAAUGGGGAUGCUCAAUCAGCAGUUGACACCUGUUGCAGGCAUGAUGGGUGGCUAUCCGCCAGGCCUUCCACCUUUGCAGGGCCCAGUUGAUGGCCUUGUUAGCAUGGGCAGCAUGCAGCCACUUCACCCUGGGGGGCCUCCACCCCACCAUCUUCCGCCAGGUGUGCCUGGCCUCCCAGGCAUUCCACCACCGGGUGUGAUGAACCAAGGAGUGGCCCCUAUGGUAGGGACUCCAGCACCAGGUGGAAGUCCAUAUGGACAGCAGGUAGGAGUUUUGGGGCCUCCAGGGCAGCAGGCACCACCUCCAUAUCCUGGCCCACAUCCAACUGGCCCCCCUGUCAUACAGCAGCCUACAACGCCCAUGUUUGUGGCUCCCCCACCGAAGACUCAACGGCUUCUCCACUCAGAGGCCUACCUAAAAUAUAUUGAAGGACUCAGUGCUGAAUCCAACAGUAUUAGCAAGUGGGACCAGACCCUGGCAGCUCGAAGACGUGAUGUCCAUUUGUCAAAAGAACAGGAGAGCCGCCUACCCUCUCACUGGCUGAAAAGUAAAGGGGCCCAUACCACCAUGGCAGAUGCCCUCUGGCGACUUCGGGAUCUGAUGCUCCGAGACACCCUCAACAUUCGCCAAGCAUACAAUCUAGAAAACCUUUAAUCACAUCAAUUACAUUUCUUUUAUAGAAGCAUAAAGAGUUUUGUGGAACAGUAGCCAUUUUAGUUACUGGGGGUGGGGGGAGGAACAAAGGAUGAUAAUUUUUAUUGCAUUUUACUGUACAUCACAAGGCCAUUUUUAUAUAAGGACACUUUUAAUAAGCUAUUUCAAUUUGUUUUUGUUACAUUAAGUUGACUUUAUCAAAUACACAAAGAUUUUUUUGCAUAUGUUUCCUUCGUUUAAAACUAGUUUCCUAAUUGGUUCUAUAUGUAGACUUGGAGUUUUAUCUUUUUACUUGUUGCCAUAGAACUGAAACCAUCAGAGGUUUUGUCUUGGCUUGGGGUUUUUGUUUUUUGUUUUUUUCUUUUCUUUUCUUUUCUUUUUUUUAAUAAAAGAACAAACAAAAUGAAAAAAAAUCACACACAUGCAAGAGUUUACAGAUUAGUUUGACAAAUGUGAAGUUGGUCUUAGUUUACUUCUUAGAGAGGGGAGUGUACUUGUGUCUGUUUCAUGUGCCUAAAUAUCUUAAGCCAGUUUUGCAAAAACUGUUCCUUACAGGAGAAGUGAAAGGUUGUUAGUUAGGUUAUAGAUGUUUGACAGACAUGGUACAUUUGCUCUGUUAACUCAGAAGUCUGAAGUCAGUGCUGUGCAUCCUUCUGCAGCUAGUGCAUCUCCUGGACACCUGGAGGGAAAGCACUUUUUCUUGUGCUGAGUCAGACACCUGUGGUGUCAGUUACUUUUGCAGAACAUAUGCACAACCCUGAAUUAUAUUUAGUCUUAGCAGGUAAGUUUAAGGGUACUUUUGAUCUAUUUAUAAUGAAUUCACAAUUUAUGCCUAUACAUGUUAGAUGAUUUAAACCUUUAAAUCUCUUACAUUGAAAAACAUUGAAGUUCAUCUUGAAGAAAGCAUUGAGGUGUGCAUGGAGGUGGUUUAUUUCUAAAAGUAACACCUAACCUAACAUAGGGAAGGGAGUGCGUUAACUGUCUAUGAGCUGUGUCAGAAGCAUACUUGUAAAAGGAUAGAUUGCCUGCAGACGCAAGUAUGAUUUAGUAUUCUUUAUUUCCUCAUCAGAUGUGGCUUUUUUUUUCUUCUAAGUUUCAGGGUUGUAAUUCUCAACCAGAAAUUUAAGACUUUCUAAAGUAAUUAUUAAAUUUAGCUUGUGCUUUUGAAUUUCAGGAGAAAGGAAUCAUAACUUAAGAAAAUGCUCACUAAAAAGACCGUUACAGAUCCCAAACACCUGAGUUUGAUGACCCUGUCUCUCUUAUAUGACCGUAGAAGAAACAUUUGGAGCAGUAUGUUACACUCAGACAGGUAGAAAGCAUCAAACAUGGAAGAAUAUUUCACUCAGCAUUUUUGAAACCUGCUUUAUUGUAACAAGGUAGUUGCCAUCGUGGUGGAGUUUCCACUGUUGUAGGUUGAGAGAGUGACUCUCAGAGGAUACUUUUUUCUUUUAAUCUGGUAUGAAUCAAUACCUGGAUAUUUAAUUACUAUUCUUGCUAAAUCAUGGUGACAAAAGAGUGUAAAAUGAAAAAAAGUCUCUUGUAUCUAGAUGCUUGAAAUACAGGAGGCCCUUGUAACUUAAUUGCCUAUAGUCAACCACUGAAUCCCAAUUUGCAUGAAGUAUUUUAAAUCUGAAUUUUUUUUUAGUGUAUUACGGUGGUAUGUCAGUACCUUAUUGUUAAACUGAAUCAGAUAAAGAAAUCUUCAGUUCCUGGUUUUUUGGGCCAUUGAAUCAUCAUGGACUGUAGAAUACAGUCAGAUUAUUUCUAGACAUCCUUGAAUUACACCAAAGAACCUGAAAUUUAAUAUUGGUUAAGUUAUUUAUUUAUUUCAUGCGCCCAUUUUAUUUCCCUUUUUAAGGUCUGGAUGAGACUUCUUUGGGAAGCCUCUAAAAACUCUUCACUGUGGGCUGUGUGGGGCAUUAGAAGCCAGAGCACUCCUCCUCCAGGCUCCUUCCCAGUGUCUAUAGAGGCGCUGCAGGUACCAGAUCCAGCCAGGGGCUUCCCUAAGGCAGUGCAUAGCCAGGCCAGGGGGCCACUAGGCAGGCCCUAAUUAAGUUAAAAAAAAAAAAAAACUCUAUGUAUUUAUUUUAGAAUCAUGUCUUUCUGUAUAUUAACUUGGAGAAUAUCAGUUAAAAUUUAGUAUAUAAGAUUUGAGGUCCAGCCAUCUUCCAAAAAAAGAACCAAAAAAAGAAAAAGGAAAAAAAAAAUCCUGACUUAAGAAAGUACAAGUGAACUAUAGUUCUUUUCUUUCAUGAGUUUUAGGAACUGUGGUGAUACGGCUUAGAAAGUAUAAUGGCCUAGAUGUUUUCAAAAUGUAAGUUCAUGUGGGAAAGAAUUUUGUUUAUGUGGGGGAAAAAAACCUAUAGGUUUAAAAUAGUAUGUCAGUCGACUGAUUUAAAAGGCUCUGAACUGCUUUGUUUUUGAACCCACCCUUCUCUUCCUAUGAGGAAGAAUUGAGAGGGAACGCUUCUUUGUGUAAAAUCUCCAAAUUGGUGUUGUUGACUUUUGAACUUGAACAUUUUCAGACCUGAUUAAAACUUGGUUUAUUCUAAUUUCUGUAUCAAAAGAGGUUUAAGUGAUAACUAGUCUUAUAUUAUGUAUGUAUCAUGUUUGUUCAUCUAAAGCUUUUUAAUCCAAAUAAAAAUGGAGUUUGCAAAGUGA